AUGUACACAACCGACAGAGUAGUGCGUUCAACUGACAGAGUAGUGCGUACAACUGACAGAGUAAUGUACACAACAGACAGAGUAGUGCGUACAACCGACAAAGUAAUGUACAUAACCGACAGAACAAUGUACACAACCGACAGAGUAAAUAUUUACAAGCGACGAGUAGUGUGCAACUCACAAAGUGAUAAGUAAAACUGACAGAGGUAGUGUUACAACCGACAGAGAGUGUGACUACAACCGACCACGUAAAUGUUCAUUACCGACAGAGUUACAACCAACAGAGUAGUGCGUACAACCGACAAAGUACUGUACAUAACCGACAGAGUAAUGAACACAACCAACAGAGUAGGGUAUACAACCAACAGAGUAAAUGUUUACAACCAACAGAAUAAAUAUUUGCAACCGACAGAGUAGUGCGUACAACCGACAGAGUUUUGUGUACAACUGACAGAGUAAAUUUUACAACUGAUAGAGUAGUGCGUACAACCGACAGAGUAAAUCUUUGCAACCGACAGAGUAUUACGUACAGCCGACAGAGUAAUGCUGUACAACCGACAGAGUAACUGUUUACAACCGACAGAGUAAAUCUUUGCAACCGACAGAGUAGUACGUACAACUGACAGAGUAAUGUACACAUUCGACAGAGUAGUGCGUGUAACUGACCGAGUAAUGUACACAACCGACAGAGUAGUGCUUACAACCCACAAAGUAAGGUACAUAACCGACAGAGUAAUGUACACAACCGACAGAGAGGCAAUCUCUACAACCGACCACGAAAAUGUUUACAACGGACAAAGUAAUGUACAUAACUGA